AUGCUGUUCCGUCGCGGAGAUAGUUUCAACAUAAAAGUUUUAUUUAUCUUCGCCUUCAUCGUAAUUUUUGCUGCAAGCGCCAAAACUGCACUUGGUGACUGCUUAUCAGGCCAAUUUGGAGGUCCAUGUGCCGUAUGGGAUAACGAAACUUGCCGUAGAGUAUGUAACGAAGAAGGAAGACCAAGUGGUCAUUGCAGUCCUAGUUUGAAAUGUUGGUGCGAAGGUUGUUAA